AAACCCUAAUCUAACCCUAACCCUUAACCCUAACCCCAAACCCUAUGGACGAGUUUCUAUACAAUAUGCAUUAUGAAUUCAGGACUUCUGAGCCUUUAUCAAACCUCAACAAGUUUUUAAAUCAUGUGAAAGAAGAAUAUCCACUAUAAUUCAUUACAUUCUUGUAAUAUAUUUCUACUUUCUACUGUCUUCUGAUUGGCUAAUAACUGAAAUUGCUCAAACGCUUUUCAUUGGCUCGUCCCUAAAUUAGAGUUUCGCCGUCCCAUCUGUUUCAACCUCUCAUUAAUCACCUCCUCUCUAAAAUCCGCUGUGAACCGACCGUAUGUUAGCAUCGCGUUUUGAACUUGGCUCCGUGACCUUGAAAUUGCUCAAACGCUUCUGAUUGGCUCGUCGCUAAAUUAGAGUCUCGCCCCUUUUUCGUCUGUCUGUAGAAGCCAUUUAAAAUUCCUACCACUCAUUUUUAAUGUAAUUGCCAGUAGUUAAGUACCUUCAGGCGUCUUUUAAUUCUUAUCCGAUGUGCCCUUCAUAGUGAUAAGUUUAUUUUAUCCGUAGUUGAAAACCUUUUCAAGUAACCGUGCCUUUAUUCGCUAAUGUACAUAUCUUCGGUGGAGUAGCUAUUGCCAUCCGAAUUAGUUCACGGUAAAUCAGUCGAUAUAGAAAAGCCUCGAUAUGAUCAGUCCACAUACAUUGGCAGAGCCAAACACUUUUUUAUUACAACUAAUCCUUUGAACGCAUUCAAAACAUCUACUGAAUUAGAAGAAGCAAGGACCAUCGUUCAUAAUUAUAGGAUAGGGAUUAUUCAACCCGGUUUAACUGUAGAAAAGCUUUGGCAAGCAAAAAAUGUGUACGACUCAGCGUUCCAUCCAGACACAGGAGAAAAAAUGAUACUCAUUGGACGCAUGUCAUUUCAAGUUCCUGGGAAUAUGUUUAUAACGGGUUGUUUGCUACAGUUUUACAAGUCUACACCGGCUGUCAUAUUUUGGCAAUGGUUUAACCAAACAUUCAAUGCUGUUGUAAAUUAUACUAAUCGUAGUGGUGACGCACCUAUUUCAUUAACACGUCUUGGGAUAUCAUAUGUUUUGGCUACUGGUGGAGCAUUAGGCACUGCAUUAACUAUCAAUAAACAAGUUCAAAAAUUCCCUCCUAUAAUUGGUCGAUUUGUACCAUUUAUUGCAGUCUCUGCAGCUAAUUGUAUUAAUAUUCCAUGUAUGAGAAGUGCAGAACUAACUGAAGGUACACCUAUAUUGGAUGAAAAUGGUGAGAAAUUGGGUAAAUCAACUGUUGUAGGACGUAGAGCUGUUAGUCAAGUGGUUUUAUCAAGAAUAUUAAUGGCUUCCCCUGGAAUGACAAUUUUGCCUUUUGUGAUGCAAUCAUUGGAAAAACAAAAAUUGCUUAUUCGUUAUCCUUGGUUGGGAGCUCCAAUACAAAUUAGCUUAGUCGGUUUAGUGUUAUCACUUGUAACACCUUUAUGCUGUGCUGUAUUCCCACAAAUCAGUUCAAUUCCAUUUCAUAAACUUGAACCUGAUGUUCAAGCACAUAUUAAAGAAAUUCGAUCUGAUCGGUUACCUUCAGUUGUUUAUUAUAACAAAGGCUUAUAAUUUGUUUUAAAUAAACAAAAACAAAAUAAAUGAAUGUUCGAAUUAAAUUCCACAUCUGUAAGAAGAAAAUUAAUUUUAUAUGAAUGUAUUCCAUUUAUUCACAAUUGCAUUUUAGUUAUCAUUCUAAUAUUAUUUUGUCAAAUGAUUUGUUAGAUUUGAAAUAGUCCAUUUAGAUGCAAUGUAUUUAAUAUACUUUUCUGGUGUAGAACAAUUGAUUUCAUUCAUUUAAACAAUAUUUCUACUUUUCUAACUAUUUAGUAAGUGUUCGAAGUAAUUGAAUAUACUGAAAAAUUGUUUUAUUCUUCUAAA